CCGGUGCGAAUGAAAAGCGUUCAGCUAAUUUCGCUAGUGGCUCUGUGCAUCGCCUCACAACUUCUCGGAGUGCGUAUGUCGCGAUCCCAAAUACAAGUGCUUGUGGCUCACAGCCGAGGAAGAAGAGUUUUGAUUGGCGUCUCGCGGCGUCGCUCUCGCUCGGAAUUGCCCAACUGUGUGUAUGUGUGUGUGUGUGCGUCCGUUUCGUACGAGAGUGCGUGAAUGAUCCUGAAUGAUUCGCCGUAGCAAGUAACGAUGGUGUGCGAUGGUGGUGCGUUCUUGGAACUAGCAGCAGCAGCAAAUGCGUAAUGAAUUACAACGAAAAGUGUAGUGCAAAAGUGUGUUGUUAAGGCAAGAAAAUUCUAAACCUCCAUUACGGUGAGCCCCCGCCCUCCCGCGCAUUGUGUGCAUAUUAGGGAAAGUGUGCAAAAAUAUUCUUGCUCCGUGUGAAUGUGAAUGAAUGUGCAUAAUCUCCCGCAAGAAAAGAAGAGAGAAAAAAGAAAUCCUCUCGCUCGUAGUGCAGCAGGUUUGCGUGCGUGUGCAAUUAUGCUGAUUGAGGUGCAUAAAACGUGGAUCGUGCGCGGGGAGCAGAAGUAAAAAUAAUAGUAAAAAAAGCCCAGCGCGCGCAUAUAAUAGUGAAAAGCCGUGUGGGGGGAGGGAAGCGCCCGCCCGGUCGCUCGGGCCAGUGAGAAUCAUUCUCGCUGCACACUAGUGAGCUACACGAUCACACGAUCACGCUGUAACGAGAGCGAAAGAGAGAGAGCAAGAGUGUCCUGGGUAGCAUAGAGAGUGAGAGAGAGAGAUAUAUAUAUAUAUAUAGAGAGAGAGAGAGAGAGAGAGAGAGAGAGAGAGAGCGGGAGGGAAAGCGACAGGUGAAAUUUUGUCGCCCAAGUGCAGAGAGUGGUGCAUCCGCCGAGUCGCGUAAGUGCAUUUGGAGGGUUUGUGCUGUUGUUGUUGUUGUGUGAGCUCCCAGAGGGCCUUGAUUUGAUGUGUUAGUGCGGGUGUGUGUGUGUGUGUGUGUAUGUGUAUUUCUCCAUUCUGGUUUCGGUGAACGACGAGUGUGUGCUUUUGCGUUGUUGCCCCUUUGCAGUGCAGGGCAGUCGUUGGGGAUCGGUGGAAAGUGGUGAAAAAAGAAACCAGAAAUUUGUAAUUGUUGGCGACAGCGAAUCGGCAUCCAACGGGUUGCUACAAUACACACACAGCGCACAAGCGACAGAACGACAAACGAUAUUCAUUAGUGGACGAAGACGGUUGGCGCCCAGCUAGGCCGGUGACCCUUUUGUUCGCCGGAGAGUAUGAUAAUGAGCAACGAUGGAACUACUGACCCUUAGCGGCACACAGAUUGCGUCGGAAAAAAUCGCUUACUCCACCAACACAUCGUGCUGAACUAAGCUACUGCCUCCUGCCCGCUACUAGACGCCGUUAGUUAGCUCCAGCACACACAGUUGGAGAAGAGCACACGAGGAAAGUCUGCCGCCUGCUGCCAUAGAAGCAUGAUGCAGCUCGUACCUUCGGCGCAGCAGCAAUUGGACGAACAGCAACAGCAACACCACAAAGGAGCGGGAUCUUCCGGAGGCGGCCUACUGCAACUGCAACCGCACCAGCCGGCAAGAGGAAACACUUACCACCGCCAGAGUCAUCAUCAUCAUCAGAAGCAUCAUUAUUGUGCUGCCCGUCGUCAGUGUCGUGACUGUGUCGAUCAGCAGCAGAAGCAGCAGCAGCACCAGCAGCAGUACGGCGGCGCUGGCGGGUGCGAUCAAGUCAAAAGGCACCGCAAUUACGACGGCCGUACAAUCACCGACACCGCGCACUAUUAGGGCAGUAGUGGUGCCGCCAGAGGACGGCACACGCGGCGUGCAAGCAGCCAUUGUGCGCCACGUUACAGUCAGCCAUUUGCUACGCCGUGCAUGGCGUGCUGUGCAAUGCAUCAACAGGCAAUGAGUGCACGGGACCGUCUCUCCGGACAGCACAUUCAUCGCAGCCAGCAGUGUUUGGUAGGCUAAUUUUGACGCCCAAACGACUAAUACAAUCGAGCGCGUGUGAGGUGGAAGAUUGCCAAUCAUCAAACACAACAACAAAAAAAAGGAAGAAAGCCUUCCUUGACGAUACGAAUUGAAACGCGGUAACAACCUCCACAGGCAGAGGUUACAUUACCAGACUAGACGAUGGAUUUGUAUGAACGCAUCGAGCUGAACAGAAGGAAAGAAUUGCCACACCUGCAGCGAAGGCAGCGGCAGCGGCAGCGAAAUGAGAAGAAAAGAAAGCAAUCGAAUGCCGGUAGUAAUGAGACGUCGUGCAAUGCCGGAAGCGAUCGGGAGCGGAGUAUCCUUAGCCCCGCUGCGGGUGAAUAUCAACAUCCGCUGCGACCGUUAAACACCUGCGAUCCGUUGAGAGGGACGGAAGAGCCGUCACAACGGUGGAGUAGCCACGACAGUUGGUUUGCAGGCAACAAUGCAGCAGAGGGCGGCCGUUCGGGCCGAAAUGUAAACUGUGCGCCCGCCAGCUCUUGGCGACCGCCCACCGAUUGGCGUGACAAUCAGUGUACACGCAGCCGGUGCCGCCGAAAAGUGAUGGCGUACCGGAGCCCACUCACCAUCCCCCGGUGGCGACAAGCCCUUAUCACCGGUGCCAUCUUCCUGCUAGCGGUUCUGCUUCCCGCAGCAAUCGCCGGAUCGCCCAAGUACGAAACGGCGUACGCAUGCGAAGGGAAAACGCUCAUGAUCGAGUGUGAACCGGGCGACCUGAUCAAUCUAAUACGGGCGAACUACGGUCGCUUUUCGAUCACCAUCUGCAACGAUCACGGUAACGUGGACUGGAGCGUCAACUGUAUGUCGCCCAAGAGCCUGCGGGUGCUGCACUCGAAGUGUGCCCAGAAGCAGAACUGCUCCGUGCUAGCGUCGACCAGCAUGUUCGGCGAUCCGUGCCCGGGCACGCACAAAUAUCUCGAGGCACACUACCAGUGCGUGUCGGCGGCGCAGUCAUCCACCACCACGAACCGGCCGAGCCCGCCGUGGCUCAAGACGUCCCAGCCGAUCGUGUGGAGUACGUCCACCGUGCGCAGUCCGGUACUGAGCCGGCUCAAUCUAACCACCGAUUUAGGGGGUGGCGGUGGCGAAGUGGCCGUCGUGGCAGCCGUUACGCCCGCCCUCUCAACACCGGCCGUCACGUUACGCCCCGGUGCAGGCGGCGGGAACGUCGGUACCAAAACCAGUCAAUCACCGACCACCUUCCGGAACAAGGGGUUCGAGAACAAGAGCGUCAAUGACGAUCUGGCCAUCAUCAAGACGAUCACCGACCGGAAGAAGGGGGGCGAUCCGGUGGAGCCGCUCAGACCGAGGACUCCGUACGGUGGUGUGGAGGCCGGUCCAGUCGGAACGUCCGGCGGCGACGGCCUGCAGAAGGAGGAAGACGAUGACGAUGGUGCCGACCUGUUCCCGACCCAAACGGCAGUAUUAUCCGGUGCUGCAGCACCACCCGGCGUCCGGAAGCUGGACGCUGCCGGUACGCCGACGAGCGUUAAUGGCGGGGGCAGCGUGCAGAUUGACAUUAGCCACGCGUGCGGACCGAGCACCGCCCGCAACCUGUUCUGGAAUGUGACGCGCGUGGGCGAGGUGAACGUGCAGCCGUGUCCGGGCGGUGCGACGGGCAUCGCCAAGUGGCGGUGCGUGGCGGUCGCUUCGCUAACACCCGAGCAGCGCGUCCAUCUGCAGCAAGAACACCAGCAGAUGCUGCAGAUCCAGGCCGCACAGCAGCAGUCGGCGGGAGGCGCGGGCGGCGUUAACGCACCGUCAGCGGACGAUAGUGGUAGCCAUGGUGAUAUUAGUUUUAGUAGCAACAGUGUUGCCCUUAGCGAUAAGCAAUCGAUGGUCGGUGCCGCUACCUGGUACGCCUACCGGCCGGACCUAACGCAGUGCCGCAGUCUGUGGCUGAACAAUCUCGAGGUGCGCGUGCAGCAGCCCGAUUCGUCGCUCAUCUCGAUCGCGAACGAUCUGGCGCAGGUGACGAGCAGCAAGACGCUGUACGGCGGCGACAUGCUCGUCGCGACCAAAAUCAUCCAGACGAUGUCCCAAAAGAUGCACUACGACAUCGAAACUAUACCGGACCAGCGGCAGCGAGAGGCACUCGUGUUCGAGCUGCUGAAUAGUGUGGUCAAAACCGGGAGCAACCUGCUCGACCAGUCGCAGCACGCCAGCUGGCUGGAUCUGAGCGUGGAGGAUCAGAUGCGGGUCGCCACCUCGCUGCUGACUGGGCUGGAGGACAACGCGUUCCUGCUGGCCGACACGAUACUGCGCGAAAAGCACGUCGUGCAGAAGGUGAAGAACAUUCUGCUCUCGAUACGCGUGCUCGAGACGCGCAACUUUGGCAAGAGCACGGAGCUGUUUCCCGACUCGUCCACCGAACGGUGGCAGGUCAGCAACGAUCAGAUCGAGCUACCGAAGGCGGCCUUGAUCGAGAACAGUGAGGGGGGCCUGGUGCGUAUCGUGUUCGUGGCGUUCGAUCGGCUCGAGCAGAUAUUGCGCCCACAGUUCAGCAACAUUCAGCAACAGCAACAGCAGCAUGGUUCCGGUGGCGCAGGGCCAUCGUCCGGUCGGGUUGAGCCGAGCCAGCACCGGCACCUGGACACGGACGGCAUCGCAUCGGCCAACGUUGCCGGGCUGGGCGCAAACGAUGGCACCUUUGGGUCGUCCGCCGGUGGCGGUGCGGGCACACGCAGCAGCGAUGCGGGCUCGCCGUCCGACGCGGAUGUCGCGGUGGUGCCGCGUUUGCGAUUGCUCAACAGCAAGGUGAUAUCCGCCAGCCUCGGCAAGGGUCGGCACAUUCAACUUUCGCAACCGAUCCGCAUGGUUCUGCGGCAUCUGCGCACCAAAAACGUGUCCAACCCGACGUGCGUAUUCUGGAACUACAUUGACCAUGCGUGGUCGGAGGACGGCUGUCACGUGGAGUACACGAACAGCACGCACACGGUGUGCAUGUGCAACCAUUUGACAAACUUUGCCCUGCUCGUGGAUGCGGUGGACAACGAGACGCAGCUGUCGUUGCUGUCCCAUCUGGAUGACAGUUUGCUGCUCUAUAUCGGCAUCGCCGUACUGGUCGCCGUAGUGGUGAUCGCUCUGUUCGCGCGCAAGCUCUGCUACAGUUCGGUGCUUGCCAAGCUGCGCAACGGUGGGCCCGAAGCGGGUGCUGCCGGUCUGCGCGGAGGGCCCAUCGAUCGGGACCCUGCCGGGCUGUCCAUAUCCGCACAUCACGGCACGGUUGCGGGUCGACUGCAUCAUCACCAUCAUGGCGGUAGCAACAAUGCGGGCGUGGAUCUGCAUCAUCCGACCGUCGCGACGGCGGGCCACCAUCAUCAUCAUAUGGUGCAUCAUCAUCUGCCACCGCCGGGCACCGGUCACCAUCUACUGGUUGCGGACGAUUUCCACCAUCAGCAGCAGUCGCAGCAGCCGCACCCGGCAAACAACAACCUGCACAAUCACCAUCCGAACAAUCUGGCCGGUGGUGGCAAUCAUCAUCACGUCAACAGCAACAACUUGGUAACGACCACCUUCAACAAUCUGAACGGCGGCGGUGGAAUCGGGGGCGGCAACUGCUCGCCCUCACCGCCGGGCAGCGGGUACGACCAUCACCAUCCUGGCCAUCAUCUCGCCCGACUGAACAACAAUGUAAAUGUCAACUUCCCUAGUAAUAUUAGUAUCAGUAGCAACAAUAGCACUAACAACAGUGCCGCCGCUGCCGCCGCCCUCCUGCUCACCGGUGCGGGCAAGGGCGGUGACGAUGCGCUGGCCAAACCUUUCCCCUCCUAUCGCACGAAUAAUAAUCAAAUCAAUCUAUUACGCGCAGCCAAUCAUCACGCACAACAACAACAGCAGCAGCAGCACCAGCAGCAGCAGCAACAGCAGCACCAGCAGCACCAACAACCUGCACCAUCAGCCAACGCACCAUCUGCAGCAGUCCUCCUUCAGCAGCAACAGCACAACCACCGCCACCACCUCCACCACCAACCGCAAGCUGCCGCAGCCACCGCUGGCACCAUCCUCCUACAAGGGUUCGGCGGUGAUGGCGGCCCAUCAUCACCAUCAGCAUCAUCUCUAAUCGCGUCCACCUCGCUGAUCACGACGAUCGCCCAGCCCACCUCCCAGCAGACAUCGCCAGCGGGCAGGGGAAGGGGUGGCGGUGGUGUCAGCAUGGACAGCAGCGGAAGCGAUCGCAGCAGCAGCGGAAGUACUACCGCCGCCGAGAUGGUUGCGUACAAUCUGAGCGGUGAGAUCGGUGAUGGUGGUGCGGGGGUAGCCAAUGGUGCCGGUUCGCCCGAGAAACAGCUACACCUGCACCAUCACCAGGGCAGUAUUGGUAGCAGCGCUUCCUCGGGUUUGCUAGUCGUUGCUGCCGGUGGUGCGAAUGCGAGUGGUAGCGUGAGUGUUGGUACGGCCGGCACUAUCACCUCGUCCGCGUCGUCGAGCGCGAGUGCGAGUGUGCCGCUGCUGCACCAUCACCACCAUCACCAUCUGCAUCACCAUCUGCACCAGCAUCUGCACCCGGGCGGUUCUGUCUCAUCACCGUCCGAUCAUUCCUCCGUACCGAUCCCGAGCAAGCGGAACCUUUGAACCGAUCGUCGCCACAAUCACUGCAGUGCACGCAAGCGUAUUCCUGCAUUCGCUUUUAAAUCGGUUUGAACGGUUGAAGGGUCGUCUUAUCUGCCGACAUGGACAGAGACAGAGAGAGCGGGGCGGUAAGGCAACUAAAGAAGGGAAUGAUGGCGACGACGGAUGACGACGGACGACGACGACGACGACAACGAUGCUCUCCCCAUUGACACACCGGUAUGUGGAUCGCGAUCGGUAUGAAUUCUUGUUUGUUUGAAAAAGCAAUCAGUCUUAUGUGUUGUUGUUGUUGUUGUGUUGUACUACUGUUGUUGUUGUUGUUGUUGAUUGCGUUUUAUGGCACUUUCCGUUGACGUUACUUUAGUUCCGUUUCACACCCCCUGUUUUGUUUUAUGCGAUCACUGGCGUGGUGUGAUCACGUGUCUGAAUAUGUAAUUUGAAUUUUUAUAUGUAAGGAUAGCAAUGUUUUACUUUUUUUUAAAACACAUGUAGCAUUUCCUAAUUUAAUUGUUGUUUAGUGUUUCAUGUGUUAUACAAUCGGCAUAGUAUAGAAGCAAUCUCCGUGCGAUACGUGUGUUAUAGAGCUUUGUAUGAUUUAUAUAUGGAUGUAAAUGAGUGUGUGUGUGUAUUAUUUAUAAGCUUUAGUCAGGUUAACAUCCAUUAUAAAUUGAUUUCGCACCUUAAACUCCACUGUUUGCCAUUGUGCAAUACUCACCCGCAGCGUUUGAUUGUUUAUAGCUCUCAUUUAUCUGAACGCCCAUUCCUUUCCGUGUUUUUUUGUAUAGUGUGCUGUUUAAUUUAACAAAAUAGUUUGUAAUAUUGCACAAAAUAUUGUUUUAAAAAUAAAGGUUAACAAUGUUUAUGUCCGUUUCAUGCUGUGUUCCCUACCACGCACCACGCAUUUAUAGUGAUGGGGUCUCUCCGUGGAGAAGAGAAGUAACGAUUGCCACCAGUGGAACUAAAAUCUGCCAUGGACUACGCGAACGUCUCAUUUCCGCCCCCAAAACUGCACGCUGCGUUAGUAUUUUAAAGAACAAAAAAAACAGACACACACAUACACAUCAUUUCAAGCAUUCUCACAGAAAUACAAUGUAAAUAAAUCUAUUUACUAUGGCAAUGCGAGCGGGAGGCCACCAGGUGCAUCCGCUCCUAUGCGCACAUACAGUGAAUAAGAAUCUAGAAAGCAGACGCGAUAGUAUGAUGUGUAUUAGGUGUAUGUGAUUGUGUGUGUGUGUGUGUGUGUGUCCGGCGACCACAAACAUAAUAGGAACAUAUUUAAAGCAAGUAAAAAAUGCAAAACAUACUGCUGCAAAUAGGAAUCAUUUAAAGCAAAGAAGUGAGGGAGAAUGAAGUCUUUUGUGGAUUUCCAUCAAUGUCUCGCAUGCAAGGAAGCAAUACCAUUCUACUACUACUACUACAACUACUAUUACAUCUUCAAUACCUGUGAGGCAUGAUUGGUAGUGUUUCGUUACAUAGGUUAACAAGAAAAAAACUAAACAGGGAAAAGGGAACGAGUAAAGUUUAUCGAAUGACCAGCAUCCAAGAGUAGGAGGAGAGCGUGAAACAACGUGGAAAAUCAGAGGUGAUAAAGGAGAGUGAUAGAAAUCAAUCAAUCAAUAUGUGUUGGUGGCUGAAUGUAUAAAACGGAAGAAAAAACAGUUCAUAUGAAACAAUGUUGUAUAGCUACACUAAUCGUAAGCGUUCGUAAAAUCGCGACGGUACCACAAGAAUCUAGUUUUUAUUUAACACAAACCACUAGGAAAGACGAUGGCGAAGGAAAAAGGGAAGGGUGUAAAAUGAUAAAAGUUGUUAGUUAGUGUACACUCACCACCAGCCGCCAGCGCGCUUAAGUUUUUCGGUACCACCCCUUCACCAAACACACCGCGCGGGGUAGGAGAGUAGGAGCCAAACCAAGAAUGAACGAAUGGGGGGAUGCAAGGGAUGUGCAACCUUUCCACGUGUUCCGUUCGAUCGCGCAAACGUUACGCUCGCGUCAUCCCUAUUCGCGCACCCCGAUGACCCACGGGGCCGGACCGAAGACUCGGGGCGCAUUAAUUAUUGACUUUUAUUUAAUAGAAGCUAGCGAAAGAAAAGGGUGCACGGCACACAGGAUGAAAGGUGACAGGGCUAUCCCGUUUUCUCACACGCCGUGUGAUUUGAUUGUAGACCCUGCGCGCUCGCGGAAAUCAUCAAAUAUGUAUACAAAGAUUUUCUCUCACAGACAAACACACACACACACCACGACAUUUAAGCGCAGUUUGAGCGCGUAUUGUUCGACAGAGGAGUAGAACAGGCUUUCCAAACGUUCUGAGCAACAGCAGAAUAAGGAUGAAGGGUGAGAAUGUGGAAGAGGGGUAGGUCUAAAAUGCCCGCUUUUUUAUCAUUCCCACAGAGCGCGUACCAUGACGGGAAAGGGGUGUGUGUGUGUGAGAGAGAGCUAGAACUGGAAGGAAAUUAGGAAGGAA